CGCCUGUCUGUUGUGUUGGGUCCGUGCGGCUUUGACGGGACGGCCCGACGGACGCGCGCGUAUUGUUGUGACGAAGCGCGGGUGAUAAACGCCUAGCUGACAUUCAUUAGCGCGAUACGGCGAAUCGCGCGCGACUCCUCGGCUUCGGGAUGAUGAUACGGUCCGUUUCGCACCGAGACUCGGCCGACUCGCGUCGUCGCGUCCCGCUCGUUCGCCUGCCGAGACAUCGUCUCUUGGCUUAACCUACAAAGGAUCUGGCGCGCAGAGUUUCGCGUUCGCACCCCUAUCCCCCCGUCCCGCGCUCUCAUCGUCGACCAGUUCGUCUCUUCGCGGUUUUUUCCAUCGUGAUCACUCGCUUAUUUACCUGUGGUAGACAUCUCGUGACGGGUACGCGUUCUUGAGUGCUCGGACAGCUGACUGUACUUCCAUUCGUUUCAGUUUUCCCGUAUUUCUCCUGUCUACACACACGCUGCACAAUUACGCAGAAGUUAUAGGGCAAGCUCGGCAUUCACAAUGGCGGGAGAGCAGCAGCAGUUUUUUCUCAAAUGGAACGACUUCCAGUCGAAUAUGGUGUCGUCGUUCAAACACCUGCGAGACGAGAAAAGCUUCACGGAUGUGACACUGGCUUGCGACGGUCAAACUUGCAAGGCACAUAAAAUGGUCCUGUCUGCCUGUAGUCCUUACUUCAAAUCCUUAUUAGAGGAAAAUCCGUCCAAACAUCCAAUUAUAAUACUAAAGGACGUUGCAUAUAGUCACCUGCAAGCCAUUCUAGAAUUCAUGUAUGCUGGUGAGGUGAACGUCUCGCAAGAUCAGCUUCCAGCAUUUCUCAAAACGGCAGACCGGCUUAAAGUUAAAGGGCUAGCCGAAGCCCCGGGUGCCAUUAAGAGAGAAGGUUAAACAUUCGCACGUGAUUAUGGUCUUUGAAAAGCGUGUGGACUGAAACAACAGUGUAAUAAUGUAAAGUGAUUGCGUGAAACACAUACCACACGAGACACGUACAUAUACACACGUAUACAACGCACACGUGUAAACACACACACACAUACACACAUAUACACAACACAUACGUACAUUAUAGAUAUAUGUAAAAAAAAAAAAAAGAAAACACUGCGUAUGCACGACUCAGUGUCCUCCGGUUCAUGACUUGGAUCAACACACGAUGACAAUGUAAAAUAAUGCCUUUUUCUUAAUCUCAGUUAAUGUUAACGGUUUUAAUGAUGUAUGUACGCAUACAAAGUAGAGAUGAGAUGUUGAUGUUUGUCUUGAACCCAUUACGCCACAUUGCGGUGGUAAACAAUAACAACAUUGAUUAUUUUUUUAAAACGAAGCGCGAAUAAGUGGGUCGCGAUAGUUUACAAUACAUGCUGACCGGGGCAGUUUUGGUGGAUCAAGUUGGAAACGUUGAAGGCAUCUGUUACAACGCCCAUUUUUUCAAGCCGAUCUACCGGAGUCACAGCACACUCUCCUAUCGGUUCCAUUGGUAGAUCUAUUCACGCAGUAGCGUUAUCUCGCUUAUCUUUGUCGCGCGUCGACGCGAUCAUCAUCAUGGAACUCGUGCGAAGUUCGAUUAAACUUCAAGUAAAUAUGAAAUCUGAACAUGAAAGUCUCGUAUUCCUUUGAUAGAUAUCUACAUGUGCCGCUUUAAUCGAUUGUUCAUCUAUCCGAUCAUUGCGAGGACAAUUAGGAAAGUUAGUCUCACACACAGGGCAUUAAUUAUCUCCUGCACUAGGCUAUGUGUAAAUGUUAGUUGAAUGACGACAAAAGAAAGUAUGCGCGGACCGAGUCGUGAAAGUUCCGGUCCAAUCGGAAAGUUCCGCUUCUGCCGUGGAUAGAUUUGCGAAACCCCCGGUAAAUCAUUCAGAGGAUGUCAAAUCAAGUUUACUGGAAGUAGUAACGUGCGUGUGAAACAUCGGCUUCACUUGCGUCAUCAUCGCGAAGCGACGAAUUGCAAUGAUCUUUUCCGCUCAGCACCACGUAAGAGAAAGAUAUGAGAAACGGAAGGAAUUGUUCUUGUAAUACCGCAAUCGAUCCCAUACGAAGUUACCUCUUCUAGUGAUCAUGAUUUUUUACUUAACCAAAUACUGCCAGUAUUUGUACCGGCGUAUUCACAAUAUUACCGAUAGACCAAAUUUAUUUAUGAUAAUAAUAUAUUAAGGGUUGAAUGUCAUAAAUCGAGGGAAGGUUAUUGUAAUAUAAGCGAUGCAAAUUUUUGUAAAGUCGGAGCGCACAGUUCCUUUUCCCUCCCGAAGAACCAGGACGCUCGAAAAAAAAAGUUUAGGAAAGAAGUCAGGAAACAUUAUCGAGUCAGGGACUCUGUAAGAUCCAUUCGUUUAGUAGAGACUACUUCCUCCUUUGCACGUUCAAUCAAGUACGCCAAUGCCAUUUGGACUUCGUUUGCUACAUUUGAGGACUUUCUGGAGAUGUAAUUUUUUUUCAAGUGUUGCGUACACAAGUUUCAGUGCUCGUCGUGAACCAAGUCCACGCUGAUAUAAUUCCUGACUUUGUUGUUCUUUGUAAUUAUAUAAUCGAAGAUUUUGUGACGUUUCCUUCGCAAUUUAAUCAUAUCCUUAUAUCUAAUACGGUUUAUGAGUUCGUUCCGUCAUGUUUCCAGCUCGGAUUGUAUAUCGAAUUAGCACGAGUAAGCUCCUACCACACUGAAUGCCGAUUUAGGUCGUACACAUUCAAGCAUCUCGAACGUUAGUCAUGUCCCGCAAAAUGUUGUGAAUCGUAGCGCAUCGUUUCCUACCGAUUUUGCUUCGGAUGUUUCUGUGAAUAAUAUGUGAGACCGCCUUAAUGUAGCAGCUUACGACUUGUUAGAAUGGUCCGCCAAAAGAGAACUCGCUGUUCGCCUCCACUGUUUCGACGCGAGAUGCGGCCGCGAGUGUGUUACGGAAGUCGACUUUGCAUCAAAGUAAAUGGCUACCACACCGAUCUUAACAGGGCCAAGUUCUGAUAAUCAAUGGGACCAUUCACGUGUGUGCAAGCGGCAUUAAAAGCGAAGUUUGCGAUGUAAGAAUAGUUUGCGAGCAUUGACUCCUUAGGACGCGACACAAGAGUCGGCUAUUCGAGCAAAGUAGCAAGUUUUCACCAUCUCUCUCGCAGUCAUCCGACAGCAAUGCCGAGCAAUAGAGCAAUCGACGUUCAUUCUCAGUAUUUAAGGCAGCGUUUAAACGCGUUGAAAUGGAUGGGUUCAGUUCCUACAAUGAUACGUUCUCGCCGGGCAUUUGGUGGCUGAAUGUGAAUAGUUGUACUGUGUACAUUUGCUAUGUUGUAAAUUUGGAGUACAAUUAUUGUAGACUAUAGAAAAUCUCUCAUAGGAGUGACCGUUCGCGCUAAGUUCACGAUUCUUCAUAUAGUCCUUUUCCUUCCGCUCCACUUCCGACUUCUAUUUUCCGCUUUUCGCAUUCACUCUGAUUGCUGAAUGCGAAACUCCAGAUCCAGAUUGUCUUGCGAAAGUUAUCGGAACGAGUCCCUUUUCUUCUCUGUUGCGUCACUAUCCCUGUCCGUUUCUGUCGAAAUUCGAAAUUAAUUAUUAAUGUUAACCAACCACGUUAAUUUUGCUAUCUAAUGACUCGAUGAUGAUUAUGAUAUGAUAAUGAUGUUGAGAUAUAAAAUAAAUUGUGUAAAUAUA